UCUACAUCAUCAUCAUCUCCAAACCUCAUUCCUAAAAACACAGUUUGUGGCCACAUCUUGGAUUGCAUCCAAUCCAUAUACUGUAGAAAAAAAGAUUUGUUGUGUAUCUAUUAUUCAUAGAGGGCUGAUAUGGGAAGGAAAAUUAUGUUAGUAAAUUAAUUUCCAGUAAUCCAGCAGCUUGAUAGAUUAUUUAUUAUUAAGAUUUAUAUCAUCACAUUUUAGCCCAGAUUAUGUACUGCCAUCUUUAAUAAAGAUAACCUGAGAAAAUGUAAAUCACAUUUCGUUAACAUUUAGAAGAAAUUAUUAUAACCUUUUUAAUUAAAGUUUUCCAUUCAGAGAGUCAAAGUAAACUGUUUUAGCCCAACAUCAAUUGAAUACUGUAAUAUAAUCUUCUUUAAACAAAUAAAGCUGAAAUUUGAUUUUUUUUUUUUUUUUCGUCUUUAUAUUCUGGGGAGAAACUGAGACUGAAUAAGGUGAAUACUUUGACAUGAAAAUUCAGUUUCAGUUAAUAAAUUAAAUAGUUAAAUCUCUGCAAUAACAAAUUUAAUUUUGAUAGACAAAUUCUUUAUAAAUCUGAAAUACGAAGAUACUGGUGUUUACCUUUGAUUGAGAAUAUCACAAGUGCUGUGUAGUUCAUCAUGAAUUGAAAAACACUUUUUAUGGAAAAAAGACUUUUAUUUUGGUGUGGCGAUGUGACGUCAUAAGGCUGCGCCGCGCUCCCGCGUCUGUGAUUCGGCUGAAGAAAGGUGCGUCUCAUUUCGCUCCCUUGGGUCGCUGGCGAGCAGUGAUGAGAAACGGAGCUUUUCGAAACCACGAGUCAACUGAAUCAAAUGCAUCGCAAAAUGAUUCACUUGUUUUGAAUCGCUCGACUCAGCGCACACUGACGACUCCUGCUGCUCAAAACAGUGAAAAUGCAACGAGAACAAACACAAACUUGUGUAAUGACAACUUUUAUAAACCAAAUGCAAAUGUUUUCAUGAAAGUGGAAUCUAAUUAUUUGUAGAUUAUAUAUAUAAUUAAGUCUUAAUACAAAUGUGAACCUUUGUGUAUUUUUGUCAUUCUGUUUGUUUGAAUGCUUUGGUUGUUUUUGUCUCAUCAAGUCCAUUAACUCUCUCUCUCUCUCUCUCUGACUGACUCCCUCACCAGUGCGCUGACUACUGAUCUCGGGAGCUGAUUGAGACACAACCAGAGAUUUAGUUUGGGUUUAGUUAUCUUUCAGCUAAUUAUUCUCAUCUUAAACAGGAGAAAGUGUCCAAACACACAGAAAAACUCCUGUUGAAGCGACUGAGAUUCACGUGACACUAUUAUAAAGAUGGCGUUUAUUAAAGUGGAGAGUGAAGACGUGAAGAUUGAUGAAACAUUCAGAGACAAACAUGAAGAUACUGAGACACAAACAGACCUGAUGGCACUGAAAGAGGAAAAUCAAGACCUGAACGAAACAGAAAAUACAGACCAAAAUGAAAAACAUAAUUAUUUCAAAACUGAAGAAAAACUGAUUAGUUGCUCACAAACUGAAAAGACUUCCUCACCAAAAAAAGCUCAAAAAACACAAACUACAAACCUUAAUCCCCACUUAAGAGUUCAUACUGGAGAGAGACCUUACACCUGCCAACAGUGUGGAGAAAUUUUCAGUCAAAAAAGACGCCUUAAAGUCCACAUGAAAAUUCACAUCGAAAAGAAUCCAAUAAUAUGCUCUCAGUGUGGAAAGAGUUUUAAACGGAGAAAUCACCUUAACACCCACAUGAUCAUUCACACUGGAGAGAGACCUUACACCUGUCCUCAGUGUGGAAAGAGUUUCAGGGUUAAAGGAAACUUUAAAGCUCACAUUAGAAUUCACACUGGAGAGAAACCUUACACAUGCAAACUGUGUGGCCAAAGUUUCUCAUUAAAUAACGGUCUUAAGACUCACAUGAGAAUUCACACUGGAGCGAAGCCAUUCACAUGUGAUCAGUGUGGAAAGAGUUUCACACAGAAAACACUCCUUAAUGCCCACAUGAGAGUUCACACUGGAGAGAGUCCUUUCACCUGCGAACAGUGUGGGAAGGGCUUCACACGAAAAGAAAAUUUUAAGGUUCACAUGAGGAUUCACACGGGAGAGAAUCUGUUCACAUGUGAUCAAUGUGGAAAGAGUGUCACAUGUAAAGAUGGCCUUAAAAAGCACAUGAAGAUUCAUUCAAGAGAGAACAGUUUUAAAUGUCAUCAGUGCAAAAGGAUAUUCACAGACACGCAGCACCUUCAGGAUCAUGUUAAAAUUCACAACAGACAAAAGCCUUUCAGGUGCCAUCACUGUGAAAAGAGUUUCACAAGCAAUACAAACCUUGAGAAUCACAUAAGAGUUCACACUGGGGAGAAACCUUUCACCUGCAAACAGUGUGGAAGGAGUUUCACGAUUAUAGGAAACCUUAAGACUCACAUGAGAGUUCACACUGGAGAGAAACCUUACAAGUGUCUUCAGUGUGAGAAGCGUUUCACAUGUAAAAGCAGCAUGAAACGUCAUUUGCAAACUCAUUCUGGGAAGAAAUUGUCGUUUUCCUCAGAGUGACGAGAGGUUUUAGAAAAAGGAGUGAUUUCUACAGUCACCUGUGCAUUCAUUCUCAAAGACAAUUCAAUUGUAGUCAGUGUAAGAAAAACAUUUUUUGCAUUCACACUUAACAUGAAAAGUCAUGCAAAUGUGAGACCAUGUUUGUGUCCUUUGUUAUAGAGUAUGACAGGGACGGUUCUAUGAUUUCAUCUUUAGGGGGGGUUAGCCCUCACUACUGUUGCUGAUAACCAGUGUUGGGGGUGACGCAUUACAAGUAAUGUGAGUUACAUAAUCAGAUUACUUUUUUCAAGUAACUAGUAAAGUAACAUUACUUUUCCAUUUACAAGAAAAUAUCUGAGUUACUUUUUCAAAUAAGUAACACCUGUUCCUUUUUUCCCAUUUAUUGAUUGACAGCUCUUCUGUCCCCAUGUUGAGAGAACUCAGGAGUAAGAUGUUACUGUAGUUCUUGAAUAAAUGCGAACAUCCAUUAAUUCAUCUCACUUGCAAAAAAACUAAUUUAGUAUUCCUCAGUGAAUAAAAAUGGUAAAAUGCAACUCAGAAUAUGACGCAAACCUGCAAUCAUUAAAUGUUAAAUAACACAUAUCCUUUAUGUAUUUAAUUCCAUUUUAUUAACCAGUGCCUUUGCUGCUGACCUUCAGUGAUCCAAUUCAACCAUACUAAUAAGCAAAAAUUACUCUAGAUAAACAUUUGCGCUUCUUUUUUUUUAUUGCUGAAGUGUGUUGAACCUACUUCUACAUUAAAUUGUACAGACGUGAAUUCACUUUCCCUUCAGCCUGAGGUGUAUUCAUUUCACAUUUGGUGUGAAAGGGCUUUUACGUUUGCCAAAAAUUUGUACUUUUUUAUAUUAAAAACAAACAAGCAAGCCCUGCCCAUAUUUAAAAAGUAACGCAAAAGUAACGUAACAUUACUUUCCAUAAAAAGUAACUAAGUAACAUAAUUAGUUACUUUUUUAGGGAGUAACGCAAUAUUGUAAUGCAUUACUUUUAAAAGUUAUUUUCCCCAACACUGCUGAUAACACUACCUAGUGCUGUGGCUGUGUAUUGCAGAAUGUUGCAGAAUAUAAAUGCAAUCACAUAUGUGAAGAUCCAACAUAAUCUCUGCUAAUUACAUGCUGCAGUUACAAUAUGAAUGCAGUCAUUAAUGAAGCAAUCUUCACAAGUUAAAGACACAAUCUGUGCUCGUAGCUUAAAUAAAUGUAAAACUAAAAACUUUGCUGUCUUUUUUUUUUAUUGCUUAUAAAGUGUUUCCUGCUGCUUUUUAUCUUUUCACUCAUAUUUACUUUUUUUUUUAACCAAGGGCAUUAUUUUUUAUGAUUUAUUAAUUAACUCAUGAAUGAUUAUUUGUUUGCAUUAAUAUUUUUUCUGUUGUAGGUAUUGAGAAUCAUGAAUUUCACUACUGUUGGUUUGACUUCUUGAAUUGUAGUAUUGUGAGAACACAAUAUAUGUGACCCUGGAGCACAAAACCAGUCUUAAGUCGCUGGGGUAUAUUUGUAACAAUAGCCAAAAAUACACUGUAUGGGUCAAA